GCGGAGGAGGGCGCGGGCGCAGCCUGCUUUCCCAAGUGCGGAGCGGUCCGCGGGGAAAUUCCUCCUGCGGCGGGGCGAAGGCUCACCCUUUCUUUUCUGAGGUCAAAAUCUCCAGUCUUCUCUCCGCCCUUUAAAUAAAAGCCUGCACCUCGGAGAGUGGCUUCCAGACGGAGUGGCCUGCGGACUCUGAGGCUUGCGGAACUCCGAAUGGAGGCAGCGGGUUGCGAAUUUUGAGGUUGGGAGGGUGCAGCCCUUUCUCUAGAGGGGCUCGGAUCUGUAGCAAACUUGUCAUUGCCAAGACCUAUAUUAAUAGUUGCUCUCGGACUCACAACAGAAAAUGAUGCAUCCUGUUGCCAGCAGUAAUCCAGCAUUCUGUGGCCCUGGCAAGCCUUCCUGCCUGAGUGAAGAUGCCAUGAGGGCCGCUGAUCAGUUUGAUAUAUAUUCCUCCCAGCAGAGUAAAUACAGCCACACAGUCAGCCACAAACCAAUGGUUUGUCAGAGGCAAGACCCACUGAAUGAAACACACUUGCAGACUACAAGUGGCAGAAGCAUAGAGAUAAAAGAUGAACUAAAGAAAAAGAAAAAUCUCAACCGAUCUGGUAAGCGUGGCCGGCCCUCGGGAACCACCAAAUCAGCAGGAUACCGGACCAGCACAGGCAGACCCCUGGGAACUACCAAAGCGGCUGGAUUUAAGACAAGUCCAGGCAGACCUUUGGGUACAACUAAAGCUGCGGGAUACAAAGUGAGCCCAGGGAGACCUCCAGGUAGCAUUAAAGCUCUAUCCCGUCUUGCAGAUCUUGGUUAUGGCUGUGGCACUGCUGCCUUUCCUUACCCUCUGAUGCACAGCAGAGCAAUUCAUGGGGUAGAGGAGAGCAGCAGUGAAGUCAAGCCACCCAGUGAGUGAGUGAGACAGGAGACGAGGGCUGGGUUUAAAAGGAGAUUGUGAAUAAUCCCAAAGCUUCUUGGUUUGACUUUGACAGACAUAAUUUUACAGCCUGGGCUUUCCAGAUUUGUUUUUCUGUUUGAGUUUCCCUCCUGCUUUUGCUCAGAAGCUGCUGUUUGCUUACAGAUGCACUCAGGGCACGAGCAGUGGCAUUGUAUUUGUACAUAGGUUCAAACGUAAUACUUAAGACAUUUUUCCUUUUCCUUUCAAUUGUGUCUUAUGUUUCAUUAGUACUUUUUGGUCAUUCUUAAUAGAUGCUUUAUGUGCUGAACAACUGAAAUUAUCAUACAUAUUAGUUUGUGAGGUAAGCCUAUGUUACCUAAGGGAUGGAGCAUGAAAACAAACUAGUUGGCUGAAGAGAUAGCUCAACAGCAUAAGCGCCUGCCUGGCAAGCUCAAUGUCCUGAGUUCAAUCCCCAGUAACACCCCCCCCCCAAAAAAAAAAAAAAGAAAAAAGCAAUCUAGUGAUUCAGGAUUACUUGAGGUAAUGGCCGUGUGAGUUUUCACAUUUAUAUUCAUGAGAUAUGACACAGCUAUUUGAAUUUAUAUAGACUUCAGAUGUUAAACUUACUGUAGUGUUCUGAGUUCAAGCAGCUUCUUAUUUACUGAUCUACAUAGCAUUAAUUGAUUUAACCAUUAUUCUUAAAAGAAUUCCUUAGGGGCUGCCUUUCAGCAGUGAUACCUAUAAGCAUAUGUACCAAACACUAUGAACAGUUCAUUAUUUACAAAAAUUUAAACUAUCUUAUAAAAGCUGCACAUUACCUUUUUAGAGAAAUACAAUGCAUUCUGAGAAUAGCAUAUUUAAUAGAAAAAGAAAUAUUAAGAUCUGCAUGUAGCUACAGUCAUUAGUUUUAUACUUAGUUUUAAAGUAUUAUGUUUAAAAGGUUUAUUAGUGUUGCUCAUUUAUUUGGAAUUUAAAAAAUUUUUUCUGAGAAAUUGUCCCAUUGCAUUAACAAUUAAUUUCAGGUUUAUGGCUAUCAAAGGACACAAAUUGAGUGGUAGACUGUAAAACUGAUAUAAACAGAAUGCAGUUUCCUAACUCUUGGAAUCCAAAUGCUAUGCAUGAAAUAUAUAAGAAGUUUUUGGCUACUCUGAUUAAAAAUCUUUUCGUGGUUCUAGGAGGCUACUUCAUCAAUAACACCCCCUCCUCAGUAGUACUUGGCUUUAGAAGCAAGAUAGAAAAGAGAAAAAUGAAAAAAAAAGAGAAAAAUGAAUAUUGGGCAGAUAUGUAUGUCAGGGACAGCUAAACCUUCCCUUUUCUAAAAGUAAUAUUCCUUAUUAAUGUUUUAUUCUGAGUUCUAAACAAUAUCAUAAAUUUCAGGUUUGAAAAAUUCCAUUGAA